CACACACACUCUCACUGGGGUUGACAGCCAGCAAAAUACAAAAAGAAUAAAGGAAAAAAGUAAUUCGUGGUGCGUUCGUGAAAUUAAAAAAACGUCCAUUUGUUAAGUGAAAGAAUAUUCCGAAAUUAUUUUAAUAAGUUCAUAUUUAUUUGCGGCAAAAGUUAAUAGCAAAAAGCCACAAUAAAUAGUGAGUUUUCCACAUUAAUUAAGCAGUCACUGCUACAGUGCAUCGAUCGGAAAAGGCGUAAAGAAAGAAACAUUGUAAAGGCAUUAAAAACAGAACGCAUUAAGUGCUUGUUUGAAAUCAAUCGUUGAACAAAACGAAAGAGAGCGUGUAAUACCUAAGCCCAACCAGUCAACAUGUCCAGCCUACCCCGUCGCAUCAUCAAGGAAACACAACGUUUAAUGCAGGAGCCUGUACCGGGUAUCAAUGCCAUUCCAGACGAAAAUAAUGCACGAUAUUUCCAUGUCAUUGUCACUGGUCCUACCGAUUCGCCAUUCGAAGGCGGUAUCUUUAAGUUAGAACUAUUUUUGCCCGAAGACUAUCCAAUGUCCGCACCCAAAGUUAGAUUUAUUACGAAAAUCUACCAUCCCAACAUAGAUCGUCUGGGUCGCAUCUGUUUGGACGUGCUGAAGGAUAAGUGGAGUCCAGCCUUACAAAUUCGCACUAUUUUGUUAUCGAUCCAGGCAUUACUAAGCGCCCCCAAUCCCGAUGAUCCUUUGGCCAAUGAUGUCGCUGAGUUAUGGAAAGUCAAUGAGGCUGAGGCCAUAAAGAAUGCUCGUGAAUGGACUCAGAAAUAUGCCGUCGAAGACUGAAGUACUAAUGCCGGAGAUGUGUUGAAAGGAAAUGUAAUGUGAAAAGAAAAUGUGCUGGUCUGCUGGUCGGGGGUGAAGAUUCAUGUGUUUAUAUGGGAGUGGGAGAAAAGAAGACGGCAUUUGGUAAUUGCAGCAUUAUUAGUAAUGAAAUGGGGGGUCAUUUUUGUAGAUUCUUAAUUUUUUGAUUUAUAACAAAUGAAGGAGGCGCGCAGGGUGUUUCAUAAAUAAUUAAAAAAAAACUAAAACAAAUGCGAAAACCCUAAGAAAGAAUUGAAAGGAAAGUAGAGAAAGUUGAUUACAAAAUGUCUUGGUGAAAUAAAAGAAAGAAGAACAACAAAAGCAAAGAAGGCAAUUGUAUUUUAUUUAUUUUCUUCCCUCACACCUGGAGAUAUAUUUCAUUUUACUGUCUUGUUUUUUGCUUACAACAACAACAACGUUUUACCUUUUGAACUCAGUCAGAUUUACUUACAACCAUCGAAACCUUUCUCCUUCGCUAAUCUCCCAAAAACUACUCUUCUCAUUUUUUAUUAUUACUUUUUUCAGUUUUAGUUUUCAUUUCAAGAAACGAAAUAAUAAAUCCAUGAAAUUUAGUAUUUAGAUUGUGUAUUCAAUUAUGUAUGUAUAAUUUGUCUUCUGUUUUUUGAUUUUCAUUACACUUAAAACAACUACAACAAAACAAUCUUAAAAUUAUUAAUUAAAACAAAAUAUUUAAAUAAUAAAACAAUUAAAAAACAUAAACCUCA